GUGAAUAAGAUAUGAAUUGCAUUUGAACUAUUUAAGCAUUGGAUGUAAGUGACCAUUUCCAGUUCAGGAUCCAUACCCCAAAACCAAUCCAAAUUCUUUGUAUGACGGUGAAUAUGUUGACGCUUACUAAAAAUCUUUUUAUGUGAGGGUAUCUCUUCACGACUUCACCCAAGAGAAAUGUGUUGCUGUCUUUUUCCUGGUGCGAGGAACAAACUCCUCCUUCCCCGUUUCCUGGAUGACGGUUGUAGAGUGGGCUUCUUAGCUUCGAUAGUCUUGGCUCUUGAGAGCGAAAGCAUAUGUAGUACUAGGCACUAGCAAUUUUGCGUUGGCAAGUCAUAGUAUACUUUCAUUUUACUGUAAUUAUGAUGUGGGAACUUGCCGUUUCAACCCAACUUUGAUACUCCACCAAAGUCCAUGGCAGUAUGGCACAGGAACUGGGGAGCAAAUGGAUUGACAGUAGUACAGUAACGUAACAGUAAUUGCCUUGGCUCUUAGGGGUUCAGCGAAAAUGGCAGCAGCCUCAUCCUUUUGCUCAAGACGGGCUAUAUCUACCUACCCUUCUCUCAGACAGAGAUUUAAGCAAACAGAAAAUGAUAUUGUAAGGAUGUUUCAGCUUGUAACUCCUAAAGAUGAAGCGCCAAAUUUUGCUGUGAGCCAACCAGCCAUUAGAAAGAGCAGGUCUAAGAGGACAUUGGAUGAAAGGUUUAUAAGGAUUUUAAAAAUAUUCAAAUGGGGUUCUGAUGCAGAAAAGGCUCUUGAGGUGCUACAGCUUAGAGUGGAUCAUCGAUUAGUUCGUGAGGUACUGAACAUUGAUGUGGAGAUCAAUGUUAAGAUGCAGUUUUUCAAGUGGGUUGGCAAGAGAAGGAAUUUUGAGCAUGACUCCACCACUUACCUUGCUCUCAUUCAUUGUCUUGAGGAAGCUGGCAGGGUUGGCGAAAUGUGGAAGACCAUACAAGAAAUGGUUCGAGGUCCUUGUGUAAUCAGCCCUGUUGAUCUGUCUGAAAUAGUGAGAACUUUGGGCAGAGCUAAGAUGGUCAACAAAGCCCUUACUGUCUUUUACCAGGUUAAAGCUCGCAAGUGCAAUCCUACUGCAAGCACUUAUAAUUCUAUGAUCAUGAUGCUUAUGCAACAAGGGCACCAUGAGAAAGUUUAUGAACUUUACAGUGAGAUGUGUAAUGAAGGCAACUGUUUGCCUGAUACUGUAACAUACAGUGUGCUGAUAUCAGCAUUUAGUAAAUUAGGUCGUGAUGAUUCUGCUAUUAGGUUGUUUGAUGAAAUGAGGGAGAAUGGUUUACAUCCCAAUUCAAAGAUAUAUACGACUGUACUGGGGACUUAUUUCAAAUUGGGAAAAGUUGAAAAGGCCUUAAGAUUAGUCCAGGAGAUGAAGGAGACUGGUUGUGCGCCAACUGUUUAUACUUACACCGAGUUAAUAAAGGGGCUUGGUAGAGCUGGUAGGGUUGAAGAAGCUUACUCUGUAUUUCUUAAUGUGUUAAAGGAAGGCUGUGAACUAGACGUUGUGCUCAUAAACAAUGUCAUAAAUUUGCUUGGCAAGGUAGGACGCUUGGCUGAUGCUUUGAGCGUAUUUGAAAAAAUGGGAUCUUUGAAGUGUACACCAAAUGUGGUGACAUAUAAUACUAUUCUUAAAUCAUUGUUUCAAUCUAAAGCCCCGGUAUCUGAAAUUUCAUCAUGGUUCGAGCAAAUGAAGGCGAGUGGAGUGGCUCCUAGCUCCUUUACUUAUUCAAUUCUCAUUGAUGGAUUUUGCAAGACAAAUAGAGUGGAGAAAGCUCUGUUGCUGCUAGAGGAGAUGGAUGAGAAAGGUUUUCCCCCAUGUCCAGCCGCCUACUGCAGCUUGAUCAACAGUCUUGGAAAAGCAAAACGGUAUGAAGCUGCGAAUGAGUUGUUCCAAGAACUAAAGGAGAAUUCUGGAUCCUUGAGUUCGAGAGUAUAUGCUGUGAUGAUCAAGCACUUUGGCAAAUGUGGACAUUUGCCAAAGGCAAUGGAUCUUUUCAAUGAGAUGAAUAAAGUUGGGUGCAGUCCUGAUGUGUAUUCUUAUAAUGCCCUCAUGUCAGGGAUGGUAAAGGCUGGCAUGCUAGAUGAAACUCUUUCCUUGCUUCGAACAAUGGAGGAAAAUGGUUGCAAUCCAGACAUAAAUUCCUACAAUAUAAUCCUGAAUGGCUUGGCAAAGACUGGUGGCCCAGAAAGAGCAAUCGAGAUGUUCACAAGGAUGAAAAGUUCGAAGAUAAAGCCGGAUGCAGUCUCCUACAAUACCAUUCUUGGUUCUCUAAGCCGUGCUGGUAUGUUUGAGGAGGCUGCUAGGUUGAUGAAGGAGAUGCAAGUGAAAGGCUUUGAAUAUGAUCAUAUAACAUACUCUUCAAUACUUGAAGCAGUCGGAAAGAUCGAUGAAGAUCGCGUUCAUUCCACUUUUUAGAAUGAUCUGGUAUAUACUUCUCUUUAGCUUGCAGAACUCUAUCAGGUGCCAGUGCAUAGAGUCAAUCUCUGCAGUGUGUUGCACCUCCUCCUAAGAUCUUACCAUGCAUGCUUGGGAGGUAAGUUCGACAUAUAAUAAAGUGAUCUAUGGGAAUUACGAUACUGUUAAGGGCUUCCAUGGAUGAGAAAUGCCAACUUUUUUUAUGGUAUGGUCAAUCAGCCUUGCUUGGACAUGUUACUGUACAGAUACAAUUAAUUGCUUCUCAAAUUUCUUACCCAAGUGUCUGCUAGACGUGCUCAGGCAGCACCUGGCAUGAAGCCUGAAGGUGACAUUUUUGUUUACAUUGCUUGUGCCAACUGGCAACUCGUCAAUGGUUUAGAGUUGGAGAUGAGUCUGCAAGUGAUUAUCCCGGCUUUCUCUUUAUCUGCUGGUGGCUGGACUAUGGAAUCUGUUGCUAGGAUCUUGGACGACAUACUUGGAUGAUCCUUUGUCCAUAAUCUUUGUCUGCUAAGCUCUUGUGAUUUGUUUUUUAUAGAAAUUAAUGCUGAUGAAAUAUUUGUCCAUAAUCUGUACUUUGGAUACUGGAUGCUUUGGUGGUAACGUUUUCAAAUGACAUCUUCUUGCUGCUGUUUACCGACA